AUCUGAUCAUUUGCAUGUUAUGAACUAUGUUUGGGCCUUAUUACAUGCACUGAUGCUGUAAGAACAUAGUUUUAAUUCAGCGAUUCACAGUACAUGUACAUUUAGAGUUUGUAGCAUUGCUGAAGAUUGUCAGAUGCAGACUGAGAGGUUCUCAUUGUCUACAACACAGUAUUUAUUCACCCUUGUCCAUACAUGCUUAUAGCAUUUAUCAGAUUGUUUCUCCAUGAAAACGACUGUCCUCGUUACAUGUAUUUGUAUUUUAAUUACAUGCAAUAAAGAUUUAAUAAUAAUAAUAAUAAUUGUGCUUCCAGGCAGUGAAUAAUGGAGGCUGCUACCAUUAUCAGCACCGACAGUGAUGUGGCUGCAGCAGUAGACACCAGUAAUGGUGACAAGGUUUACAUCCUAGUACCCUGCUGAGGAGCGGAAGGUUUCGAGGGCAGAAUUCCUGGUAGCUGAGUUGGGUGCAGCAGCUGCGGACGGAGGCGAAGUGAUGCGAGAAUUCCAUCUAAACCCAGGAGAGCCGCCCGUGAAUGGCGCCGCAUGGCAGCCAGAAGAGCAGACAGACAGGGACAGACCAGUUAGGAGGCGACAACCACCAGGGAACAUUCUAGUGGAAGCUGCACUGACAAUGCAUGGGAGACCAGACGUGAAACGAGCAGCGUUGGGCAACGUUGCGGCAGAUGAGGCCACUGCUGCGGAGAUGUUGCAGCUGCUCCACGAACGCACACAAGGGGCGCCGGCGAUGCCGCAUUACGGCGGGAAGGGAAGCGGUGAUGUGGGAAGCCGAGGAGGAGGUCUGCCAGUGAGAAGGAGAGCCGUACCGGCUAAGUUCAGGGAUUACGUCAGUAAAAAUCUCAACAAGGGCACAACUAGACAGAACGGAGAUUAUGCUACGUUCGAAGGAGACUUGAAUGGAGCUGAAAACAACCUAUCAUUUGUUAAUAGAGUGCAAGACGUUGCAAACAAUAUGGAGGCGUCGUCGGCAGACAAUCCAUACUCCUCGGAGCACGCCGACGUUGGCAUGGCAACGGCGCCGAAACGCGGCACGAAGAACCUCUACCUCGAGGUGAUCCUCCCUUCAAAAGAGGAAGCCGGGAGAAGGUUGCGCGCGGGCGGCGAGGAGACGGCCCCGCCCGCCGUGCCGCAGAAGAGGCGACCGGGCCGGCCGCGCAAAUACCUGUUUGACGACAAUGGUCAGCUAAUCGGCGUAUUGGAGCGGACCAACGGUCAAGCGACUUCGGCCGCGACGUCCGCUGCUUACCGCAUGUUUGCAGACGGCGAGGAGGACAGCGCCGUGGAGCAGCGUGCCACCAGGGGGCGCCGGCGCGGGCGGAAGAAGGGGGCGCCGUGCGUGCACGCGUGCGAGGUGUGCGGCAAGACGUUUUCGCAGAAAGGGAACCUACGCACGCAUGCGCUGGUGCACUCGACGCAGCGCCCGCACCCGUGUCCGCACUGCGCGAAGGCGUUCAAAUCGGACGAGGCGUUGCGGCGCCACCUGCUGACGCACUCCGAGGUGAAGCCGUUCGCUUGUUCCGUGUGCGACGCGGGGUUCUGCAGCGCGGCGUCGCUCGAGGAGCACGAGGCGCGGCACACGAACACGCGGCGGCACCGCUGCGACGUGUGCGCGCGACGCUUCCGUCAGGCAAGCUGCCUGCGGCGUCACGCGGCGACGCACGGUGGCGCCCCCGCGUACGCGUGCGAUACGUGCGGCCGCCGCUUCACGCAGCUCGACUACCUGCGCUCGCACACGCGCACGCACACCGGCGAGCGUCCGUUCGCGUGCGACGUCUGCCGCAAAGCGUUCGCGCACCGCUCCGACGUGAAGCGACACCGGCUCACGCACUUCGGCCACAAGCCGUACGUGUGCGCAACGUGCGGGGCCGCUUUCAAGGACCCGUCCAGCUGCCGGCGACACGAGCGCGAACACAGCAACGCGAAACCCUACGUGUGUCAGCUGUGCGCCGACUCGUUCAAGCGCGCCGGCCAGCUGAAGGCCCACCUCUUCAAGAAGCACUUCCAGUCGGACGCGGUGACCGUCGUCAAGUCGCGGGACAACACACUACAGUUCAUUUACAAAGACGGUGCGGCGGCAGCGGCGGCGGCGGGCGGUGCGCUCACAGACAAUGGCAACGACCCUGAGGUGCGCUCGCAUCACGAGUAUCCGGAAACGCAGCGUCAUCACACGCUGGCGCCGGAAUCGAAGGUGGAGUCAGAGGAGAGCGAGGAGCAGAUCAUCUGCAUCGUGCAAGACGGCUCCGAUUCCGAUCCGCAGAUUCUCCUGCAGCAGCAGGGGGAGGAGGAGGAGGACGGGGACGUUGCCGUGGCGACGGAUGCGCAGACUCCCGGCGAGCAGGAUGGGGUGACGCGCUACGUCAUUCACGUGCCGGCGGACGCCGCCCCGCCGCAGACGAACAAUGAUGCGGGAAUAACGCAGAGAAAUGCGUGUCAGCGCGUGACCACGCUCCCCAGAGUCGGCCGGCAACCUAGCACGGCUGCCAACACAAGAACAACUGCAGAAAGCAACCACCAGGUGGCGCUCCAGCCGGGCGUGCGAACAUGUGACGGAGAUUUGUGUGAGGCGGAGACGAGCGUUGUCACUCUGUCGCCUCUUGAGAAUGUCACAACUGCUGUACAGGCAAGUCCAAACAAGGUCACGACCCCUGUGCCAUGUCCAACCGAGGUCACAGCCCUUACGUCAUAUGCAAACGAGGUCACAGGGACCUCUACACCAUAUCAGUAUGAGGUCGCGAGCCCUACACCGUGUCCAAACAAAAUCGCUACCCCUGUCGAUCCGCCGCCAUGUUUGAACGAGGUCGCGACCCCAACCGCGCAGCCACCAUGUUCGAUCGAGGUCACGACCCCGACCGCGCAGCCGCCAUGUUUGAUUGAGGUCGCGACCCGGACCGCGCAGCCGCCAUGUUUGAUCGAGGUCACGACACCGACCGCGCAGCCGCCAUGUUUGAACGAGGUCGCGACUCUUCCGCACGCGUCUGACGAGGACUUUGUGAACAACCCCGACUUUGCGAGUCAGGAGUACUACGAUUGGCUGUCGCGCUUCACGGACGCAUGCAAGAUGGCGGCCGUGCCGCUGGAGGCGGCAGUGUUCGCCAGUAUCAACCAGGUUCACAAGUCGCUGUCGGACGAGUUGGCGAUGCCGUGCGGCGUUGUCGCGAUUCGAGAGAACUUCCGCAUCCUGAUGGGCAUCACGAAGGACCUUCACGCGAUCGCCAACGCGCACCUCGACUACGUGAUGAACAGCCUCGACGACACGCUGUUCAGCUGAUGAACAACGCGCCGGUUGUUGUUCGGAACCUACGCGCACCUCGAUUACGCGCAACUGCUGUUCAGCUGAGGAACAAUGCAGUGGUUAUUGUUUGGAACAGACGCUCACC